AUGCCUGAUAAUGUUUCACAAAGAGAGGCUGGCUUGAGUCGCUCAUCCAACUACUACUCAAGCUCGUUGCUUAGCGCAUAUUUGAGCGAUCCUGAAUCAGUUACUCACAAUCGUGAUUUAGCUCCUGAGAUUCGAAUCGUUGAGACCAAUGGUCCGGGCCACCGAAAUGCCGUAAACAACCAAGAGAAGCAAAACGACAGUCGCGAAACAACUAUUUCCGAUAAGUCUCUAAGGGUGAGAGACUCCAGAAUAUCCACUACCUCUUCCAUUUCAACAGGGCUAUCUCUGAGGUCGUCUGUUUCAGAUAUGUCUGAGGAUUUGGACUUGCAGAGUGUUAAAAUGACUUUGGAGAACUUGGAAUCUGCAAAGCUACGUACCAACAAAUUUAAAAAACUCAAGCAGAGGUUAUUGGGGGAAGAAAAACCUCAGAACCCAACCAGUGAAGAUGAGCGAUUCUUUGCGUAUGUCAUUCUGAAGUUAAAGACCCAGUAUUACCAGCAUGAAAAGGGCUUUUCUCUCGAAGUAAAUUGGUCAGACGCUGCUGAGGUGUUCUUUUUUGGGGAUUCGUUAGAUCAUUUGUUCGCUGAUAAAACUCAUCUAUUGAACUACCUCAUUGACAGUUCUUACGAGCUUGGUGAAGUACGCUUCUCUAAUCUCAGUAGGUAUCAUGACGACAGAGACCUUCAUGUGGAACAGCUUCUCGAAAAUUUGUGGCCCAGGUUGGUGACUUUCAAUGAAGUGUUGGAUCAAUAUGCGGUGUCCGAUGUGAAUAUUGAAAAGCCCGAGCUAUUUGAAGUGUUCUCCAACCAAGCAAAUCACUACGAUGGGUUAUGCAUUCCUCUAGCAAUAUCAAUGUUUGGAAACUGGCUUCUAUCCUUCAACAAAGACAAGACUCUUACUAGCAAUUACCAAAAUACGCUCAUAUUGGACUAUUUUCGAAAGGCUGCACGACUCUCAUUAGUGCUUCGGAAGGCCAGAAUUUUGCUUGAACAAAGUGCAGUCACAUUAGAUAAGAAAAUUCUUUUGGGACUCAGAAGGUAUUGGGAUAAAGAUAAUCAAAACGCUCUAUCGACCAGUUUGUAUGGCUUGGCUGAGUUCUACCAAUUUUCUCAAAACUACGAUGUUGCGGUAACAUUAUGGGAACUAAAUUGUCAUUUGACAGGAGAUUCCGAUCUGGGACAUUUGGCCAUCUUGGGAUUAACGGAUGGUUUUGGUUUGGGAAACCGAUGCAAAGAGCAUAACCGGUUUGGGAAAAAAUCCAAGACGAAUAAGUUCAAUACAAAGCGAAGGAUAGCCCAUCUAUAUCGGAUAUUAAUGAAGUCUCCCGGCUUCAAUGAGUAUGGAGUUUGCUGGGCAACAAAAGAAAAAUACGAUUAA